AUGGCGGUGGAGUCAGUUUUUUUGGCGGCAUUGUGCUUGUUUUCUGCUUCCGCAUCAUCGAGCGUGCCACGGCAGCUGGGCGAAGUUGAUGUGGUUGAGGAAGUGUGCAAUGGCAUCGGCCAGGGAUUCUGUCAGACCAGCCUCAACAUGCCCACGGGCGUGACAAUGUCCUACAAGGACGCAUGCGCAAACAAUGUGUGUGCCAGCAAGCAACAUUGCGGUCAGACGUGUGUGAAAGUGCCGGAUACCUUGCGAAUCGACUGGGAAGACGUGUCUCCUUGUGAUCACUUCGGCGUGGGGUCAUUGGUUCGCACCGCCGAAAAGACCUGCAGCUGUCUCGGCAAGUUGAAGGGCUUCCUGGAGCAAGUGUCUGAGUUCGACUCGGAGCCAUCUGCCAAGGCCCUGACAGCCGCAUCGGAGAUGUUGGCGUGUUUGGUGAAGAAUGGCUUUGAUGUACAGACCAACAAGCCGGCAGUGGUUCAGCAGUUGACUGCUGGAGAUGACUAUGUCAUCCAAGCGGCGCCCGUUGACUUGGAGCUCUACACAUCCAUGGCAGUCGCUAUCAGUGCUUGCGUUGGUGGUGGCGCAUGUGAUUUGAUCCAUGGUGUGACUAUGGACUACUUCAGGUCUGCCGCCCAGGAUGUUGGCGCCGGUUUCGAAGACUUCGUUCAGACCUUCGUCCUGACCGGCCUGCUUCAACCUUUGGUGACCGCCUCGGAGGUGCCUCAGAUGCUGGCAAACGAUUUGCCGCAGGCACUGCGUUGCAAGGCGAACGCCACAGAGGAAGCCUUCAAGAAACUGCAGAUGAAAAUCGAAGGCAUCAAGGACUUCUUCCAGAACUUGAGGUUGAAGGUGGAGAACAUCCAGGAACAGUCGCGGAAGACACUGGAUGCGCUCGACGGAGUCCUGGAGGCUUUGGACAGCUCGGUCACGGCUGUCAUCGAACAUCUCCAGGAGGGAAAGGUGCCUUUGCUUGACGCAGUGAAGCAGAUCUCCGACUUGCGCGAGGUGAAGGAUCUAUUCGACUCGCUUGAGAGCCUGAAGGCUGAGGCUGCAGCGGUGAAGGAUCGCGCGGAGGAGUUGGAUGGGCUGAAGCUGGAAUUGAAGGACAUGGGCGCUAUUGACAAUUGUGGCUUGAACGAUUUGUUGGACGACCUGAAGGAGAUUCCCAGUUUGAAAGACUGGGUGGCUGCGCCUACCCAUAUGAUUGAGGUGCUUGACAUCAACGCCAACAGCGUGCAGGCAGGUAUUGUCAGCUACAACCAGUGGGCCGACUUGAACGUGGAACUCCCGUGCUCGAAGAUGGAGCGCUGGGAAUCUUCACUGCUGGGUCAAACUGUCUCGGCAGACAUCCCCAAGUUCUUCUCUUGCGACUUUUCCUACAAGUUGCUAGGUCUCUUGUGUCAAACGAACAUGGAACUUGAGAAGAACAUAGAUGAACGAGGCAGCGUCACGUGCCAUGUUAUAAAUCGCUCUGGCUCAGAAGUGAACCUCGGUGGUAGCAAGGCAUGUGCCUUGGGUCAAUCGUACAGUGCACAGCGGACCCCAGCCAUCGCCUCAAAACCUGAAAGCUGGAAGGAGGAAGCUGUUGGGGUUUCCGGGUGGAUCCAGCGGCGCUACGGCUGCUACGUAAAGGCCUGCGGCCCCGGCACGAUGUCCCCACAGAGCGGCCGCAGCGGAGCCGCGCAGGAAUGGAGGUCGCGGCGUCUCAGCGCCCCGGCAGUCGCUUCUGAACCGCGCCCAAUCCAUUCUCGCAAGAAGGAGGUCACGAAGCCAGCCAAGAACGAAAGUGGACUUGGGCAGUGGGUCACCACACGCAUGGCUGCCUGGCGAACGGCUCCAAGUGAAAUGGGGUACAGGAUCGACAUGUUUCCACCUGGAUGGCACGUCCAGGAGGCGUCCUGGCCCGAAGAGCCGGUCGAAGGCUGGCUUCCGGUGGUACCCCGUGGCUUCGUGAAGACCAGCGAGCUGGCACCAGCACCGGCGGAGGACGAGCCUACGCUGCUGACGCCUCCUCCAGCCUCGUCUCGAGGCUCUCCACUCAGCAGUGGCAGCAGCUCUUCGCCACAGGUCGAUAAGUUGGAUCCGCCGUCUGCUGCAAGUGCACGGGCGGCACUUCUAGCAUUGCGUGAGGAGCAUGUACGUUUGCGGGAAGCCAACAUACAGCUCCGGGAGCGGGAGCUUAAAAAAAGGCAGGAAAUCGACAGCUUGAACCGCGCCCGCGAUUUGACCGCAAAAGAGUUGUCCACAAUCCAAGAGCAGCUGAGCUCAAGCAAACAGGACUUGGAGCAUGGGCACGAGGAGCUGCGAGUGCUCCUGAAGAAGCUGGAGCUCUGCCGCGAGGCCGUGGUGACGGCCGUGAAGAGCAUCGAUGCAGUGUACGAAGAGGUCCCCGAUGUGGAAAGCAAGGAUGCAAAUUUGAGCGGGGACGAGGCCGGUCCAAUGGUGGCACGGGCUCGGCAAGUGCGUGGGCAGCAGGCGAAACAGAAGGCUGCCAAUGCAAUGGAAGCCGACCAGGCCAUCUCGGAGCUUCUGGCAGUUGUGGGCAAUCCAUCAACGAUCUUGCCAGAGGAGGCCGAGGAGAAGUACAUGACGACGGGGGAGAACGCUGAGUGCACCAACCCGGCAGAAAAGUCCCUGGAGACGAAGGUGUGGUGCAGCCCGGCCAGACUCCCUGCUGACCAGCGAGCGCCGCUGCGAGAUCUCAACCGCGCCUGA